AAAAAUCAUCAGAAGCAUAUUAUUUAAUAAUAAUAUAUUUAUAUUUAUAAAUAAAUAAUGGAUUUUAAAAUAUCCAUUUCAAUACCACCUGACAACCCACCAAUUGCCCAAGUUGAUCAUACUGGUAAUGAAUUCCCCUCAAAUCAAUUAUCUAGAAAUGAAAAAUUUGUACAAUUAUUAGGUCAAAUUAGACAUCAAAAAGAAGUAGAAUUACAAAAACUAAAUGAAGAAAAGAAUGAAAAACAACCUAAAGAACAACAGAAAAUCGAUGAAAGAGGACCAAAUCCAAUGCAAGUAUUUUACGAUCAUAUAAAUAUGGCAAGGAUUGAAUUGGAACAAUUAUUAUUUUUAAUUGAUAUGCUAAAGAAUGAUCAAGUUGGUUUGAACAAUAAUGAUAAACCUGGUGAUUCAGAAACACAGCAAAUUUGGGAUUUAACAUGUAGAAUUGCAACUAAACAACAAUCAUUAAAAAGUGUAUCUAAUAAAUUAAAAUUGGGUGCUGUGAGAAUGAAAGACACUAUAUCUACAAUGUCAGGAUGGUGGAAUGAUGUCAGCACAUUAAGAACCAAAUGGAGAUUAAAAGGAAAAGACCAACAAUCAAUGGUGGCGGGUGUCUCUGCAUCGCCUCUAAUGGGUAUGGGUAAUCAACAAGGAAAAUCAAAUAAAAGACUAUCAAUUGACUAUGGUUAUUAUACAUCCGGUUCGUUUAUUGAGCAAACCGAAGCUGAUUUAUCUAGAGGUCCUAAUGGCGAAAUUAACAUUGACUUUCCCAAUUUACCUUACCAAGCAUCCAUUAAUAAGCGUUUAUAUAUUAAUGUAAAGUCAUCAGACUCGAAAACAUUCCACAACCAUUCAUCAUACCUAAAAAAACUCCCAUCAUUAAAAUCAAAUGCCGCAUUAUUAUUAGCAGCAGCCAGGCAACAACAAGGAUCAUCCAUGCCAAGAACACCAAACUCAUCACUACCUACAUCGUCUGCAUUCAAUAAACUUCGACAACAACAUCAAAUUCAACUCUUACAACAACAACAACUUUUACAACAACAAAAUGAUAAUCCUGAUGAUCCAGAAGAGCUUCAUAGAAAAUUCAUAUUUAAUUGUACAAGUCAACUCAACAAAGCACAAAAAUACCAAUUUAAUUUUGAAAUAUUUGACCAACUCUCUAAAGAGGUUUCACACUUAUCAUCAAACACCUCGGCAUCGGGUAGUGGAGGUUCAUCAUCAUCUGGUCAACCUAACCAAUCAAAUUUAAAUCAAGCAUCACCAAAUAUCCCACCAUCAGGGGGUACAUCAGGCAUAGCGAGUAUGUUGGGCUCAAACUCUUCUACAUCAGGUAGUGGAUCAUUAUCAACAACAACAGGUGGUGAAAACAUUAUGUUAACAGAAAAAGAAAUAAGAAUUGAAUGUGGUAAUUUUAAUCUAUUUAUUGGUAUGGAUUCAAAGCCAAAUAAAAAUAAAGACAAAGAUCAACAACAACAACAAAAUAAAGAAAAAGAAAAAGAUCAACAAGAUCAACAAGACCAAGACCAAGAUCAAGAUCAAGAUCAAGAAAAUGAAGAACAUGAAUCAAGGGAAAAAGAUUUAAUUAAUAUUGAUAAACUUCAACAAUUAUCACUUGUAAAUAGCUGUAAUACUAGUAAAAAUAUUAUAUUUACAGAUGAAGAAAAAAACCGUUUAUUAUUUGUUUUAAAAACUGUAUUAAAGAAAAUCUCUGUGCUCCAACUAAAAAGAUCUCAAAAACAAUUGACAAUGAAUUUAUCAAGAAGAACUCCCAGAAUAAUAUUUGGCAAAAAGAUUCCACCCAACUCUCACAAUGAUGACAUUAUCUUUAAAAUUACCUCAAUUGUUAAGCAUAUGGAUACCUACUUAAGAGUUUAUAAAGUUUUAGAAAUACUGGAAAUGAAAUUGCCAAUUCGUUUAAAAUCAACUCCUGCCGCUGAACCAUCUUCAUCGUUAUUUAUAUUGAACUUAAUUGACUCAUCACAAAAUAUAAAGAAUCCAAUGGUACCAAUCGAAAUUUCAAUCAAUCAAAAUAAAAUCGAUGUUGUUCAAGGACAAAAUAGAUCAUUUUCAAAUAAAGAUGAAAUUAUAUUGGGCAGUUUUAUUAUCAAUUUAAUACGUAGUUACUUUUUAAAUAAUAAUAUUCAUCCAUCACAUUUAGAUAUAGAUUACAAUGAUGAAGAAGAUGAACAACAAUAUUUUGAACAAAACAAAAAGUUCAAAUCAUCAAAUUGUUUUAUUGACGAAAAUGACAGAGUUAUCAAAAAUUUAAGUACUAUAAAUAAACACCAUCAGGCAAUUGAAAAAUUCUUCAAAUCUUUAAAUAACGAUAUUUCAAAUAAAUAGGCUUUCAAUUAAUAGAAACAAAAAUAGAACAAUAAAUAAAAAUAUCUAUCAAAUUUCUAAAAAAAAAUAAAUAAAUAAAUAAAUAAAUUGGUCCAUAUACCCAUAAAUAUACAU